CCUUCCAGACAAGUCCUAACCAUUCCAUGCAUUUGCAAACACUGGCUGCAGCAUAGAUAAGGUUCCAUCGAGGUCGCCAUGGCCGAGACCGUGUCGUCCGUGAGCAACAUUUUAAUCGCUCGGCCCUGACUUAUACUUAGCGUUAUGGCUGUAUCCCACCCACUCCUGUCACCUCAAGGACCUUGGCAAAAGGAGGAAGGAGAGAAAGUGGAGGAAGGAGAGAAACUGCAACAGGAACUUAACGACAUAGGAGCGGAAAUAGCCCGGGUGUCGGCCCAAGCGGAGUCGGCGAAGGAUGCCGAGGACAAGCGCUACUUCCGGGAGAAGGAGCUCAUGCUACGGAAGAAGGAGCUCAUGCUUCUCGAAGCGCGCGGCUCGCUGCCGGCUGCUGCUGGUGCGGCGGCUGGCCAGGGCACAGCACAAGCUGGCGCGGCGACUGGCUUGGGCGUAGGGAGCGCGCCAGGGGACGUUGUUCUCGAGCGGCUGGAGCAGCUCAAGCUGGAGCUUGGGGAGCAGGCCAAGCAGCUCAAGCUGGAGCUUGGGGAGAUCCGGGAGGAAAUCAGGGACCAGAGCCAGUUCGUACGAGUCCUGAUGCAGGGCGAGUUCACAGCGACAUCCAGCAAGGACAGCACGCCCUACCGCGAGAAUGCCUUCAGGUACUACGGCUACAGCGCCAGCCCCAAGACCGUGCAGUGCAUGGUGACCGGAGAGCACAUGCCAAUCGCCAGUAUCAAGGCGGGGCAUAUCUUCCGUCAGGGCUGGAACCGGGGUUUCCUGCCGCUGCUGGGCGUCACCUCCGUGCACGACCCGCGCAACAUCAUCCUGGUCCGCACGGAAGUGGAGACCGCUUUCGACCGGUUUGAACUGGCCAUCAUUCCCCAGAACGAGAACGGCGUUGAGUGUUAUCAGAUCUACGUGCUGAAGGAGUCGUUGCUGCUGAACCCGCGGGAACAGUUCAUUGGAACGGGCGACACCGCCAAGUCGGAUACCCACAAGUGGAAGGACGUGCACACAAAGUACCUGCACGUGGCAGGCGACAACCUGCCCGCCCGCCGCCUGCUGGCAUUUCACGCACACCACGCAAUCAAGCACGCUGUGAGCGCCGGCUGGCAGAAGCCUGGCGAAGUCAUAGUGUCGCAGGCGGGCUGGGUCUCGCCUGGGUAUGACCGCGAGUUGAUGCGCAAGUAUCUGGAAGGAGCUGUGACAUCAGAAGGCCUGCUGAUAGCAGCCAGCGAGGACAACCAGUCGCAGUAGGUAGCAGCAAGGCUCGCUGCCGCCGGCUGCUGCUGGUGAGCAUGGUGAAGAUCGGCGUGCAGUUAAGGGGACAGGCCGCAGAGCGGGGCCAUCGCGCACUGGGCCGGUUGGGUAGAGGGUGACGCAGAGCAGUGUCACUCAGUGGGAUGAGGGGCCACUAUCACCAUGCCAAGAUCAAGUAUUGCCGUGCCCUGGUUGACUGGGUGUUGAAGUUGCGCCCCGGCAAGCCGCUCCGGGUGAUGGCUGUGACUCUGUCGGUACCAUCCGUGCGUUACCUUGCACUAUUCCCCCCCCGUGCUGCUGUUCGUGGGGCGCUCGGCGCCGCAGCUGCUCUCCAGCGCUGCAGACGGGGCCGGCAGCGCCGCUGCUCCACCGUCAAUCGUGCUUCUCCGUCCAUGGUCCGCUUCUGUUCGUCCUGCAGACCGCGGACCUGCUGUCAAGGAGGGGCCUCGAAGGCUGCAGUCGGCUGUGACGGUGCUAGCUUGCGCAGCUGAGCGAAGUGCCGGCGACAGUGGCAUUGCGCAAUGUGACGUGGUGGAGAACGAGCAAGAGUCCAGGAGGGUCAUGUGCACGGGCUGGGGCUGGGGCGGCUGGGAAGGCAAUACUUGGCAGUGAACCGGCGAGACGAGUGGAUGCUGUCGUUGCCGAGGAGAGGCCAAGAAGGCGCGCGGGCGCCUGGCAGUGGUUUACGGCAAGGACUACCAAGCAUGACCGCGAGCAGCUCGCUCCAGGACGCGGACUUGCAGCUAGCUGCUGCUGUUGCCCGAGCGAGCAAUUAGUGUGCGUGGUCCAGCAUGGGCAAGUUGAGCGAGCGGGUCUGCGGCGCGAUGGUGUUAAUGGUGAUGGUAUCCCCGCUGGGCUGCUGAGCCCUGCAGGGAUGGAGUGCGAGUUGCACCAGUACGUGUGGGCUGCGAGCUUAUGCAGCGAUAAGGCUGGGGGGGGGGUACUGGGCCGUGUUUUGUGUUGCAUGUGAUGUGAGGUGUGUGCGAGUCUGUUCUGUGCGAGCUGUCUCUACGCCACCUGCCACUGAGUAGCUAAACGGAGGUGGUUCUCUUUCAUCGCGGUCGGCCCUGCUUCUGGAGGGAAUUCCGUGCCGUAGGCUUUGGUGUUGAGUGCCGCGUGCUUGAGGGCGCUCUCGCCAGUCCGUAAGUGACUGGUAGGCUGCAGCAGCCGUGUGUUGGGCCUGGGUCAGAGGCAGACCCACAGCUGUAACAUACAAUGGGC